GCCUGUGUGGGUAUGAUUAAUCCAGGCUUAUUCAAAAUGUGUCAGGGCUGUUUUACCCCCUCCCUUCUUGGCUCUCAGUUCAUAUAACUCAGGCUGCUUCUAGCCAGCCUUUGCCCACUUGUCCUGAGUGCAAAAAGGUGCAGCAGAGUCUCUGAGAAUGAGUACUCUCCCCUCUGAGACAGCGUGGCUUUGCCUGGCUGUCAUGGCAGCACUAGGGGGACUUGUUCUUUGCCAACUCAAGAUGAGCUCAGGACAGGUGCGGAGAAAGGUGGUCUGCCUGGGAGGCCUCUGGGGAGGGGCUUGCCUGCUCAGCCUGUCCCUCUUCUGGGGCUUGGUCCUCUUCUCCCUAUCAUGUUUCCUGUUGUAUAUUUACUUAUCUGGCCAAGAGUUGUUACCUGUGGAUCAAAAGGCUGUGCUAAUCACAGAAUCGUUUGCUGGGAUGUCAUCAUCCCACAGCCCACCGCUGCAACCUGCUGGGAGUGAGGGCAAAUACAGGGUAUGGAUGGAAGUGAAUAGAGGUUUUCCCAGUUCACAGAGAAAUAGAGUCGGAGGUAGUGAUUCUGGAUUUGGCCAUGCUUUGUCCAAGUAUCUGGACCAGCUGGGCUUCACUGUGUUUGCUGGAGUUCUGGAUGAAAAUGGGCCAGGAGCGGAGCAAUUGCGAAGAACCUGCUCCAAGCACCUCUGCGUGCUCCAGAUGGAUGUCACCAACCCGCAGCAGAUAAAAGAUGCCUACAGCACAGUGGUGCAGAAGGUGCAGAACAGAGGACUGUGGGCUGUGAUCAACAAUGCUGGAAUCCUUAGCUUACCUGCUGAUGGGGAGCUCAUUCCCAUGAGCCACUACAAGCAAUGUAUGGCUGUGAACUUCUUUGGGGCUGUGGAAGUCACAAAGGCAUUUUUGCCUCUUCUUAGGAAAUCCAAGGGGAGGCUGGUGAACGUCAGCAGCAUGGCAGGAGAAAUACCAUUUUUAAAGCUGGCGGCCUAUGGCUCAUCCAAGGCAGCUCUGACCAUGUUUUCGGCAAUCAUGAGACAAGAGCUUGCCAAAUGGGAAGUUAAAGUCUCUAUCAUCCAGCCUGGAGGCUUCAAAACAAAUAUCACAGGUACGAGGGAAAUGCUGGAAAAGCUGGAGAAAGACAUGCUGGACUACCUCACCCCUGAUGUGCAAGAGGAGUACGGCCAGGACUAUAUCCUUGCGCAACGGAGAUUUCUCACCUCUUUACAUGUACACUCCAGCUCUGACAUAUCCCCUGUGCUCCUGGACAUCCAGCACGCCAUCUCUGCUAAGAGCCCCUCUACCUUGUAUACACCGGGGCCAGGCACUUACUUGUGGCUCUGCUUUUUUAACUUUUCCCCGACUAGCAUAUUUGAUUAUUUUAACAAAAAAUUUUUUAACUCUGACGUUAGUAUGCCUAGAACACUAAGCAUGCCUAACCAGAAGAAUGAAGUCAUGUAGGCAAAUAACUGGGAAAUGUAACCUUGGAGUGAAAGGGAAACCAGAGCUCACCAUUAAAGUUGAGGUUUCCUACCUUG